GAGGACCUCUUGUCUGGACAACAAGGGGAGAACAAAUAGCCAAAUCCAUAGACAUUAAUUCACUAGACAUUAGCAUUUUAAAUCCACUUGGUCUCAGCAUGCCUGAUGAAUCACCUCCGCCUGAAAUUGUUUAUCGUAAAAGACGAGGCAGAAGGCGGCGCAAUAUAGUCGACGUAAAGGGUAAAGCAAGGUCAACUUUAGAUCAGCCUGUUAGAAACGGUAGAGGUAGGCCUCGAGGAUCUACAAACAAAAAUAAGGUGGUGAGAGUAAGAAAAACGGGCGGAACGAGAGGUAGGCCACGCAAAACAGCCAUUCUCAAUAGGUCGUCUGAAGCGUCAGUUGCAUCAGCGUCUGGUUCCAAGGAUCCUGCAUUCGAUCAAUUGGAUAGAGCUGAGAGUGUCAUCUCUAUUGAAGACAGUGUUGAGAACGAUGCUGAUUCACCGAUACGCAGAAAUAUGGACACUAAUAGGGAGAUAGUUAUCACAUCGGAUGAGGAUAUGGAGGUUGAUGGUGUGGCCAACGGCAAGUCUGCUCGAAAUGCAAACGCAAAUGGUGUACAUAAAGAUAGAAUUAGAUCUGUUUCAAAGGCUUUAGCGGACGACAAUACUAUAGGUUCAUCUGGACAUACUGAUAUCUCUACAACUUAUACUUCGAAUAUUAAUAAUUUAUUAAAUAGUCCAUUGCCGGAUUUUGUUGAUGGUACUCAAAGUCCAUCAUCGCUUUCUGUGGGUUCGAUCGACGCAGCAUCGAACGAUAAGACACCAGUUAAAGAUUCGGCAAAUGCUACCGAAACAAAUAAAAUAGACUUGUUUACAACAAUACAACCGCCUCAUUAUAAAAAUGCAGGCGAUGAGACGACUGCGCAAACAAGUGCUACUGGAGGAAUACCAUCUCCCGUAAGUUCAGCGGAUGAAAAACUAUCAACGCCUUCUAAAGUACAUUUGAGGCAGUCCACCGUGAGUACAAGUUCCGGAUCUCUAUCUGGAAAUUUACCCAAAAAAAGAGGACGAAAACGAAAGCGGCCAAUUGAGAAAUCGCCCACUGAUCGUGAUGAGAACAGUCAAGGUACCAUGAACGGUAACGUGGAUUAUUCAGAUGACAACAAUUCCGAUACUCAUAGUAUAGGUUAUGAUAAAUCGAACCAUACGAAUUCUCGUCAGAAUUUGUAUAAUUCCGAAUUUCCACGUUCGGGUACGUCAUCGAAUGAAGGCAUCAGAGGAUACAACCCUGUAAACGGUAACAGCCGUUCGCACUAUACCAGCGAACGCAAAAUGAAUCACACGGCCAUCAGUCACAGACAUAAGAGCGCGUUCAGCAGCAGGUCUCAUAGUGCAACAGAAAUCAGGGAGGAUAGUCCUCCGAGAAAAGUGCGUCGUACUCGAGCCCAAGAGAGGCCGAAAGCAGUUCGGCGAACUAAAUCACAAGGACAAUCAGAAGAUAAAAUGACUACUCAUGCGAAGAGCUCAUUAGCACCAGUUGUGCCCCAACCCAUUUGCGUAUGUUGUGCUGAAGUACAGGCGCCUGAUGAACGUUCUACAGCUACAUUGGUCA